AUGCCUGUCGGAGAACCCACAGAUGUCUUGCACACCCUCAAUUUUGUCACUCAAUUAUUAUGUAUACCGAUCACGACUUUCUUUGUUGUUUUGCGAUUCUAUACCCGCUUUACUUUCAAACAAUCUCUAGGGCUUGAAGAUCUUGCAUGCACACUCGCAUGGCUCUUGUUUAUGGGAUACUGUGGAAUCAGUAUCGUUGUCGGCAAAUAUGGCGGAGGAUACUACUAUGACGAGCUUACCGCUGAAGAGAAAAUCCAUUUCAAGAAGUACUGCUAUGUCGCAACCAUCCUCUACUGCCCAAUGGCACUCCUUGUCAAAGUCGCCCUUCUAGCCAUCCUCACCCGCAUCUUCAAGCCCUUCCGAGGCAAAGUCCUGUUCAUCUACAUUUUCCUCGGCUGUCUAUGCUGCUACUACACCAUCGCCUUGGUCGUCAAGAUCCGCAUGUGCGGUCCCAUUCCAAAAUACUGGCUCGAAGACAGGAUCAAAGGAAGCUGCCUCGACCAGACCGCCGCCCUCAUCGCCGACUCCGUGAUCAGUGUCGUCAGCGAUCUCAUCAUUCUUGUUCUCCCAUUGCCAUUGACAUGGUCUUUACAAAUGUCGCGUAAUCGAAAGUUACGCGUGAUAGGUCUGCUCGGGGCUGGUGGGCUGGCCACUGCAUUCAGUCUGUACCGGUUGGUGCUGGUGUUGAAGGGCCACGAAGAUCAGAACGUUCUGUUCGUUUGCGUCAUCUUGUCUGGUAAUGCCGAGGGAGGCGUCGGAUUGAUCUGCGCCUGUCUACCUGUGCUCAACGUCAUGUUGGCCUACUAUAAGAAGAACUACUCUUCCAACAAAUACUACCAGAACGGCGGCUCUACUCACCCACUGAGUGAGAGAGCUGGAAAUUCCAAGGCUGCUUGUGAGUGGGACAAGGUGACAAACUUUGGCGAUCAAAGCCAUCUUAUCUCAUUCGCCGGGGUCCCCGAUGCGAGCGAGUCGGUUUACAACCAGGAUGGGAUUCGGAAGACGGUGGCUGUAUCACAGACCGUCGAAUCAUCCUAA